CUCGAAAAAAUCAAGCAAGAUGGCUGACAAGGAGAGUACCGACGUGUCAACAUCUUCAGCUCAAGCUAAUAACCCGCUGUCACGGAAGUUGAAUAAAAUACUAGAAUCCAGACUUGACAAUGACAAGGAUAUGCUGGAGGCUCUCAAAGCACUGUCAGUGUUUUUCUCUGAGAACAGCCUGAGAACACGAAGAAAUCUUCGCAGUGAUAUUGAAAAAAGAAGUCUUGCAAUAAAUGAGGAGUUUCUGGAUGCAUUUCAAGUUGUCAAAGAGCAACUGGACAGUGUGUACGCUGAUGUGAAGGGCAUGAAUGACUGCUGCCAAGACAUGACAAACAGACUCAAGGCAGCAAAGGAACAGACUCAUGACCUGAUUAACCAGACCACCACCCUGCAGGCCGAGAGUCAGAAGGUGCAGAUGAAGUCCCAGGUUGCUGACGCUUUCCUCAGCAAGUUCCAGCUGAAGACAGAGGAGGUGAAGAUCCUCCGAGGAACACGUGAUGGUCAUUUACAUCCGGAUUUCUUCAGUGCUCUGUCCCGUGUCAAGCAAAUCCACACAGACUGCAAGUAUCUCCUCCGCACAAACCAGCAAACAGCAGGACUGGAGAUCAUGGAGUCCAUGGCUCUACACCAGGAAUCUGCUUAUGAGAGACUCUAUCGAUGGACUCAGAAUGAAUGUCGAACCCUGACAGGAGACUCUCCUGACAUUCAGCCUGUGCUGUGCCAGGCCAUGGGUGCUCUCAAGGAUAGACCUGUCUUGUUCAAGUAUUCUCUAGAUGAGUUCGGUACUGCCAGACGAAGUGCUGUUGUCAGAGGCUUCAUUGAUGCUCUUACCAGGGGAGGACCUGGUGGUACACCCAGACCUAUUGAGUUACAUUCCCAUGAUCCUCUCGUUGCUUAGGCUUACAUGUUGGCAUGGCUUCACCAGGCCGUGGUCGAGAAGGAACACCUCCAAACACUGCUGAAAGAUUGUGAAACCCCCAGCACUCUAAUAGAAGACAUCCUGGGCCAUGUGUCGGAGGGCAUCUGCAGACCAUUCAAGGUGCGUGUGGAGCAGGUGUUGCUUUCAGAACAGGAUGCCGUCACCCUGUACAAGCUUGAUAACCUUCUCAAGUUCUACCAUUACACCAUAGGGCAGAUUAUCACAAGUGAGGCAGCACUUCUCUCCACCAUCGUGGACAUCCAGGAUCUCAGUCACAGAAUGUUCUUCAACAGUCUCACCUGCAACGCCAACAAACUGCUGGACAAGGUAGAGUUACCUCCCUCUGACCUGGGUCCGACGGGUUCCCUGACACAGACCCUACAGCUACUGCGGGAUGUCCUGGCCUGCCAUGAUGCCUCGGUUGUUCCCAUUGAUGACAAGAAGCAGGACUUUAAACAGAUUUUGUCGUGUGUUGUGGACCCGCUGAUACAGAUGUGUUCCGUGUCGGCCAGUCGUCUCAACACAGUGGACAUGGCUGCGUACAUGAUCAACUGUAUCUACCUGAUGCAGUCCACGCUUGCUCUGUACGAGUUCACAGACACACGCUUGGAGAUGCUGCAGGCCCAGGUCGAUGCCCAUGUGGACACACUUAUCAGUGAGCAGGCUUCCUUUGUGCUGGGAAGGGUUGGACUGUCUCCCAUCUACAGCUCCGUGCAGCAGCACCAGCCCAGCCAGGGGCCUCUCUCAGUCAUGCAGGGGAUGGAUACACUGACCGUCAAGUCGGGCAUGAACAAGUUUGACAGUUACCUUGCCAGUCCUGAUGCUCUGAUCUUGCCCCAGUGUAGUCUACUGUUGAGUGCCUUGGUCAGGGAGAACGUGAAGCAGAAGUCUGCCCAGCUCAUCUGUGAAGCAUACAAGCUGAUGUACAGCGCCAUCUACAUCCCUUCCAACGAGUACAAGGAACCACAAGGCAUUGUCCCCAGAACACCAGACCAAGUCCUCAAGCUGCUGUCAUAGUAACACACCUGAAGUUGAAGACUGCAUGAGAAGUACCUUAUCAUCCAAAAUGAGAAACAUGGAAUCUCACACUGGCUCUCUGUGUUGUGCUGUACAGACAGUCUGGACUUUCCACAACAGUGCAGGACAAUAGAAUAUGUCAUUCUAUGGGCUAAAGUUUCAUAAACAAAAUAAAAUUUUUUUAUGUCUUUUCCCAAAAUAUUUGUAACCAAUUUCACCUUGCUUCCACUCAGUCUAGAUGAUAAUUUUAAGGUUAUGUUAUCAUGAAAUAUAGGAAAGUAUUUGGAAUGCAAUCAGCCCAUAUUUCAUGUUAAAAGGGAAGACCCAACCCAAACAUUUCCUUUUGUAAACUGGAGCCAGCUGAUCAAAAGGAUGAACAGGUAGUUGUGUGAAUUGUCACUGUCUGAGGACAGACAGCAGGGAUUUACCAGGGUUGUAUAUUUGGAAAGCCUGGGGGCCUGAGGUCGUGACAUGGGGUCCUGAGCUUACUGUGGCCAGGUGAUGGAGAUAUGUUUGGGUGUACAGAGUGGGAAGCUGACCUUUUGUGUAUGCAAACAUGCUGAUGUAGUAAUUGCCAUACGAUGCACUAACAUGUGUUGUAUGUAAUAUACAUAUGUAACAGUAUUUAUAUGGUGUAUAUAGUGAUUCUUGUGUGAAGAAUGGAACCAUAAUAAACAUAUGGAAACCUGA